CAAACAGUCAGCCGAGAACUACAUGUCUGGGUGUGUCGGUGUGUGUGUGUCUGCCUUCAUUCCCGAACAUUAGAUACUCUACACACCGUCCUCCUUGCGUGAAAUAAUGAAAUCGUCAAGUGCAGGAUUAAAAGUCAACUUUGAAUCAAGUUGCAUACGGAAGAUCAAGGCUGAGGAGGUCCAUGAAGUGUGGUCGCUAGAGGCUCAGAGUUACCCUGAGAUCCCAGCAGAGCAUCUGCCGAUAGAAAGAUACACUCGUGCCCAGAGAGACGCCCCGGAGCUUUUCUGGGGACACUUUGGAAACGGGAAGAUGACUGGAUUUAUCUUUGGAACUCGUGGUGCUGGCAGUAAAUGGAAAUAUGAUUCCAUGUUCAAGCAUGACUCAGAGGGCGCUGUUGCUUAUCUGAACCUGGUGUGCGUCUACCCCGAGUUAAGAAGAAAGGGUAUUGGUUCGCUUUUGGUGAAGCAUUGGGUAACGUAUAUCGAGGAGAACCACAAAGAUGUGACUAAAAUGUGCUUCAUAUGCGAGGACGAGCUGAUACCGUUUUACAAGCAACUGGGAUUUACAUACGUCGGGCCCUCGGACGUCUCCCAACUAGGUCCCACGCAGUGGUACGAUAUGGAGUGCCGGGGACCAGCCUACCCCAAGGAUGCCGUCAAUGCCCUGAUAUAAGAAUCCCGGUACAUACAGUUAUUUCGCUUUACCGUUUUGGAUUUCGUCAA